UCAUCCCGGCCCGGCCGCCAGUCUGCCGGCGCUGCGGAGCGGAGGAGCGGCCAUGGCGGCGGCACCGGCGGAGGCGGAGACCCGGCAGCGGCUGCUGCGCACCGUCAAGAAGGAGGUGAAGCAGAUCAUGGAGGAGGCGGUGACGAGGAAGUUUGUGCAUGAGGACAGCAGCCACAUCAUCUCCUUCUGUGCUGCGGUGGAAGCCUGUGUCCUGUACGGCUUGAAGCGGAGGGCGGCGGGAUUCCUGCGCAGCAACAAGAUAGCAGCUCUGUUUAUGAAGGUGGGCAAGAGCUUUCCUCUGGCAGAGGAGCUUUGCAAGAAGGUGCAGGACCUGGAGCAGCUCAUUGAGAAUGCACGAAAUCAAGCCCAGGGUGUCCCGGAGAACGUGCGCAAGAUGCCAAAGCUGCCCAACCUGUCUCCUCAAGCCAUCAAGCACCUCUGGAUCCGCACAGCCCUCUUUGAGAAGGUCUUGGAUAAAAUCGUGCAUUACUUGGUAGAAAACAGCAGUAAGUACUAUGAGAAAGAAGCUCUCCUGAUGGAUCCUGUGGAUGGGCCAAUUCUUGCAUCUUUACUGGUGGGGCCCUGUGCGCUGGAGUACACGAAGAUGAAGACGGCCGACCACUUCUGGACAGACCCCUCAGCUGACGAGCUGGUUCAGAGGCACCGGAUCCACAGCUCACACUGUCGCCAGGACUCACCCACCAAGCGCCCGGCGCUCUGCAUUCAGAAGAGGCAUUCGAGUGGCAGUAUGGAUGACCGGCCGUCACUGUCUGCCAGGGACUACGUGGAGUCACUGCACCAGAAUUCCCGAGCCACGCUCCUCUACGGCAAGAACAACGUCCUGGUGCAGCCACGAGAUGACAUGGAGGCAAUCCCGGGAUAUCUGUCCCUUCACCAAACUGCCGACAUCAUGGCGCUGAAGUGGACUCCCAACCAGCUGAUGAACGGCUCUGUGGGGGACCUGGACUAUGAGAAGAGCGUGUACUGGGACUACGCCAUGACUAUUCGCCUGGAGGAGAUCGUCUAUUUGCACUGUCACCAGCAAGUAGACAGCGGUGGGACGGUUGUCUUGGUGAGCCAGGAUGGGAUUCAGAGGCCCCCACUGCGGUUCCCCAGAGGAGGACACCUGCUGCAGUUCCUGUCCUGCCUGGAGAAUGGCCUCCUGCCCCACGGGCAGCUGGAUCCACCCCUCUGGUCACAGCGGGGAAAGGGGAAGGUGUUUCCCAAGCUGAGGAAGCGAAGUCCCCAGGGCUCCUCCGAGUCUGCGUCUGACAAGGAAGAUGAUGAAGCCACAGAUUAUGUUUUCAGAAUAAUCUACCCAGGGACACAGUCUGAAUUUGUGCCCCAGGACCUGAUGGACACAUCGGGUGCAGGCCUGCCCCCCAUGUGGCAGCCCAGCACCCGCAAGUCCUCCUGCUCCUCCUGCUCUCAGAGUGGCUCCUCUGAUGGUGGGCCAUCCAACGGCUGCAGCCACGAAAGAGCUCCACUGAAGCUCCUGUGUGACAAUAUGAAGUACCAGAUCCUCUCCCGGGCCUUCUACGGCUGGCUGGCCUAUUGCAGACACCUCUCCACGGUGCGAACCCACCUCUCGGCCCUGGUUAACCACAACAUCGUGUCUCCAGAUGUGCCCUGCAGCGCCAGCUCGGGACUGACUGUGGACAUAUGGCAGAGAUACCUGCAGGACAGCACGACUUAUGAGGACCAGGAGCUGCUGCGGCUGAUCUACUAUGGUGGGAUCCAGCACGAGAUCAGGAAGGCUGUCUGGCCCUUCCUUUUGGGCCAUUAUCAGUUUGGGAUGACGGAGGCGGAAAGGAAAGAGGCUGAUGACCAGAUCCGUACCUGCUACGAGCACACCAUGGCCGAGUGGCUGGGCUGCGAGGCCAUCGUCCGCCAGCGGGAGAAGGAGUCACACGCAGCAGCUCUGGCCAAGUGCUCCUCAGGGGCCAGCCUGGAUUCCCACAUCCAGAGGAUGAUGCACAGGGAUUCCACCAUCAGCAACGAGUCUUCUCAGAGCUGCAGCUCUGGCCGCCAGAAUCACGCCCGGCUGCAGAGCGACUCCAGCUCCAGCACACAGGUGUUUGAAUCCGUUGACGAAGUGGAACAGACUGAAGGAGAUGCUCAGCUGGAAGAUGGCAAACCAAGCAAGAUCCCUAACGGGACGGUUCCCAACGGCACGUGUUCCCCUGAUUCUGGCCACCCUUCUUCCCAGAACUUCUCCAUCGCCUCGGGAUUCUCCGAGCGCAGCUUCAGCAACGAGGACAGUGCCCUGGAAACCAACAAAUCCUCAGCCAGCUCUCAGGGAAAGGCUGGUGGGUCCGAUGUGCCAGCCCCACAGGAUGGUGCCCAACAGGAGGAGAAGCUGGAGGGGCAAGACAGCCUGGAAGGGGAAUUUCCCACCAAUGGAAGUGUGGACUUUGUUCCUGUGGGUGAGAGCUCGGCAGGGGUCCUGCGUGACCGUGACGCGGUGGCCCUGACCGUGGUUGAGAGCUGGGCAGACAGUGAAGCUGAAAAGCAAAGCUUGGUGGAGAGUGAAGGGAACCUCUCUGAGGAGCCAGAGAUGGAGAGCUUGUACCCACAGCUGGAUUCUCUGGCUGUAGCUGAUCUGGCCAACGGUGAAGCAUCUACUGUCUCCUCCACGGGUGUCACCUACUCUCCAGAGCUACUGGACAUGUACACGGUGAACCUGCACCGCAUUGAGAAGGACGUGCAGCGGUGUGACCGCAACUACUGGUACUUCACCCCUGCCAACCUGGAGAAACUCCGCAACAUCAUGUGCAGCUACAUCUGGCAGCACAUUGAGAUCGGCUACGUGCAGGGGAUGUGUGACCUGCUGGCCCCUCUCCUGGUCAUCCUGGAUGACGAGGCUCUGGCCUUCAGCUGUUUCACCGAGCUGAUGAAGAGGAUGAAUCAGAACUUCCCCCACGGGGGAGCCAUGGACACCCACUUUGCCAACAUGAGAUCCCUGAUCCAGAUUCUGGACUCUGAGCUCUUUGAGUUGAUGCACCAGAAUGGUGACUACACUCAUUUCUACUUCUGCUACCGAUGGUUUCUCCUGGACUUCAAGAGAGAGCUGGUGUAUGAUGAUGUGUUUGCUGUCUGGGAGACCAUCUGGGCAGCUGCACACGUUUCCUCUGCGCACUACGUGCUCUUCAUAGCCCUGGCUUUGGUGGAAAUGUACCGGGACAUAAUCUUGGAGAACAACAUGGAUUUUACAGACAUCAUUAAGUUUUUCAACGAAAUGGCUGAGAGGCACAACACCAAGCAGAUCCUGAAGCUGGCUCGGGACCUUGUCUAUAAAGUCCAGACUCUGAUCGAGAACAAAUGAAGGACGUGAGGAAGAUGAGGCAUCCAGACAAAGAGCCGGGACUCCCCUUCAAUGCUUCCUCCCCUUCUCCUUUCUCUCCAAGUGCCACACCUGUGGAAACAAGGUAGUUGGACACAGGCUGCUGUCUGAACUGGAAGUACCCUUAGCUCUCCAAGUGUUCAGUGUUAGGUCCAGGGGCCCCGGCUCAGAUCUUCGCGGCCUUUUUCAGUGACUUAACCAAAGAUCUGUACAAUUGUGUUUUAUUGCUAAGGCCUGGCUUUGGAAGCAGGACCCAGGCAGUGGCAGCAGAAGGGCAGCAAGCGUGGUGGUUCCCACCACAGCUGCUGAGGCUGUUGCCAGCAUCCCAGGUCUGAGCUCGGGCUCCACAGCCCUUGUUGUUGUGAGGAAAUAAAAGCUGGUUCCUUGGCCAGUCGUCACCCCGUGGCCCGGGGAAGCCAGCCAGCCCUGCAAGCCUGGACAAGACAGGGAUGCUGCCAUGCUCAGUUUCUUACUAACAUGAGGUUCUGCCAGUAACAGAGAGGGGCUUUGAUCACAGAAAUUCUUCUGAUCUUGUCCCUUGAUGCGUAGCAUCCCCGUUAGUAGUAUUUUAUUUUUUUUUUAGGGCUGUGUUCUCUCCCUGGGAUUUUUAUGUUGUUUGUUACUAUGAUAUCUGAGCACACGAGAGUUUCGUCUCUGGAUGGAUUUUCAGAAGAGCUCCCAAAUCAGCAUCGGGUUUUUUCUUUCAAAAUCCAGCCUGUGUAAUGCUCUCUGAACACUGGAAAAUCUGAUCUGAACCUCCUCUGGGAACUCUAGACUUGAGGUUUUCUUACCUGCCUUACUCUGGCUGCUUGUGGUAGGAGUCUGGUCUCCCCGUUGUUCCUCUUCGACCCCCGUUAGGGCAGAGCUCCUCGGAAGGCAAGUCAGAGCUCCUGACUUUCCCUCUGAAGGUGCCUAUCUCUUCCUCUGUUAAUUAAAAGACCAGCUUCUCAAAGCCUAGACAGUGCAAACCAUCCCCUUGGUGCCUGCAGAUUUUCUGUGUGCUUCUGGGGCUGGCUGCGAAAGCCCCCUAAGUCCACUGAAAGUCUCUGGUUAGAUCUUGGUGGGCUUCUUUCACACUCCUGUGAAGAGGAAAAUAGCCCAAGGUCCCCGAGUGGUCUUUGCUUUUGGAAGAUGCACUUCUGUGGCCGCUUUUCCUGCAGUGGCUCUCCAGCCUGGCAGCCCCUGGAGCACACUGCAUGAAGUGCCUCUCCAGCGCGACCGGCGUGAGAGCUGAUGGCUCUGCUGCUGAGGGUUUGGAUUCAUUUUUCAACUCAGGUAAAAAAAAAAAAAAAAUGGGGAAAAAGAGAGGUGUAGGUUGUUGGUAGCUCUGGUUCCGCCGGGGAGGACUUUGUCCUG